AUGGCGCCGGGAAUCCUAGAAACGGAAUCCACGGUCGCAGUUGAUAAGCUCAGCCUGUCCGCAUUGACUGAGGACUGGGAUGACACUAUUCGGUUCUAUCUCAACGGCACCAAGGUUGCGAUAGACACGAUCAACCCGGAAGUGACUCUACUCGAAUACCUGCGGGGUAUUGGGUUGACUGGUACAAAGCUUGGAUGUGCCGAGGGAGGCUGUGGUGCUUGCACUGUGGUCGUCUCCCAUAUCAAUCCUACAACGAAGAAAAUCUACCAUGCCUCCGUGAAUGCCUGUAUCGCCCCACUCGUUAGCAUUGAUGGGAAACACGUCAUAACAGUCGAAGGAAUUGGAAAUGCGAAGGACCCUCACGCGAUCCAGCAGCGGAUUGCGGUUGGUAAUGGAAGUCAAUGUGGUUUCUGUACUCCUGGAAUUGUCAUGUCUCUCUAUGCCUUGCUGCGAAACAACCCGUCUCCCUCGGAACACGACGUUGAAGAAGCCUUUGAUGGAAAUCUUUGCCGCUGCACGGGUUACCGACCUAUUCUAGAUGCUGCUCAGAGCUUCAACUCAAGUAACAACUGCGGGAAAGCCUCUGCCAAUGGUGGGUCGGGCUGCUGCAUGGAGAAAAAAGGCUCCGGUGGUUGCUGCAAAGGGCCUUCCAACAAUGCCGAGAACGAGACAGUCGAUUACAAAUUUCCUGCGCCGGAAUUCAAGCCGUACAGCCCAGAUACAGAAUUGAUAUUUCCUGCCGCAUUGAGGAAACACGAAUAUCGGCCCUUAGCAUAUGGCAACAAGAGGAAGAAGUGGUACCGACCAGUGACUGUCGCGCAACUGUUGCUGAUCAAGAACGCCCACCCAGACGCCAAACUAAUUGGUGGAAGCACGGAGACGCAGAUUGAGAUUAAGUUCAAGGCGAUGCGAUACGCGGCCUCCGUCUACCUGGGAGAUAUCCCUGAAUUGCGACAAUUUACCUUGCACGACGAUUUCUUGGAAAUCGGCGCAAAUGUGUCUUUAACAGACCUCGAACACAUAUGCGACCAAGCGGUAGAGAAAUACGGCGAUGUUAGAGGUCAACCCUUUAGAGCGAUCAAGAAGCAGUUGCUCUAUUUUGCUGGGCGACAGAUCCGAAAUGUCGCUUCUCCGGCGGGUAACCUGGCCACUGCAUCACCCAUCUCUGAUCUCAACCCAGUUUUGGUAGCCACCAACACUAUACUUGUGGCCAAGUCACUUGAAGCCGAGACUGAAAUUCCAAUGACCGAAUUCUUCCAAGGAUACAGAAAGACUGCCCUCGCCCCCAACGCGAUCAUCGCUAGCUUGCGCAUUCCAGCAGCGAAGGCGAAGGGCGAGUACAUGCGAGCCUACAAGCAGGCCAAGCGGAAGGAUGAUGAUAUAGCUAUCGUCAACUCCGCGUUACGCGUGACCCUUUCUGAGACUAAUGAUGUGGUCAGCGCAAAUCUUGUGUUUGGUGGUAUGGCAGCUAUGACCGUCUCAGCGAAGAAUGCCGAGGCAUUUUUGGUUGGCAAAAAGUUCACGAACCCCGCAACUCUAGAGGGCGUCAUGAGCGCACUGGAGCGGGAUUUCAACUUGCCAUUUGGAGUUCCUGGAGGUAUGGCUAGUUACCGGAAGUCUUUGGCUCUGGGCUUCUUCUACAGAUUUUACUACGAUGUACUGUCAGGACUCGAUGUCAAGGCUUCGGAUUUAGAUCCAGAUGUUGUUUCCGAGAUUGAAAGAGCAAUUUCCACAGGAGCAAAGGAUCUUGAGACUUCCGUCGCCUAUCAACAGAAGAUUCUUGGACGAGCGACUCCGCAUGUUGCGGCGCUGAAGCAGUCUACAGGAGAGGCUCAAUACACAGAUGAUAUUCCUGUGCAACAGAAUGAGUUAUUCGCCUGUAUGCUUCUGUCUACCAAACCUCAUGCCAAGAUACUCAGCGUUGACCCGUCCAUUGCAUUGGAAAUUCCGGGUGUUGUCGACUACGUAGAUCACACAGACCUUCCUAACCCUCAGGCAAAUUGGUGGGGGCAACCCAAGUCCGAUGAGCUUUUCUUUGCUGUUGAUGAAGUUACUACUGCUGGUCAACCAAUUGGUGUGAUUCUGGCGACUACCGCUAAACUCGCCGAGGAAGGCAUGAGGGCUAUCAAGGUUGAAUAUGAAGACCUUCCGAGAAUCCUUACGAUUGAGGAGGCCAUUGAGGCAGAGUCGUACUUUGACCACCAUCCCUACAUCAAGAGUGGAGAUACUGAGGAAGCUUUCAAACAGGCUGACCACAUCUUCACUGGUGUAUCGCGAAUGGGUGGCCAAGAGCACUUCUACCUGGAGACCCAAGCCUGUGUGGCAAUUCCAAAGCCGGAGGAUGGUGAAAUGGAGAUUUGGAGUGGUACACAGAAUCCCACCGAAACACAAGCCUAUGUCGCUCAAGUGACAGGGGUAUCUGCGAAUAAAGUCGUGUCGCGCGUGAAGCGACUUGGUGGUGGCUUCGGCGGCAAGGAGUCGCGAUCUGUUCAGUUGGCUGGUAUUUGUGCCACUGCCGCUAAAAAGACAAAACGACCUGUGCGGUGUAUGCUUAACCGUGAUGAAGAUAUAUUGACUUCCGGUCAACGUCACCCAUUCCUCUGCCGAUGGAAGGUUGGUGUGACCAAAGAAGGAAAAAUCCUUGCGCUUGAUGCAGAUGUAUUCGCCAAUGGAGGCCACACGCAAGAUCUCUCUGCUGCCAUUGUGGAGCGAAGCUUGUCGCAUAUUGACGGGGUGUAUAAAAUACCGAAUGUCAAUGUGCGCGGCCGGAUCUGCAAAACCAAUACGGUUUCAAACACAGCUUUCCGUGGCUUUGGCGGUCCCCAAGGCCUGUUCUUUGCCGAGUGUUAUGUAUCAGAGAUUGCUGAUCAUCUGAACAUUCCGGCCGAAGAAGUCCGGACCAUCAAUAUGUACAAGUCGGAUGAUACGACGCAUUUCAAUCAGACUCUCACCGACUGGUAUGUGCCUUUGAUGUACAAGCAAGUGUUGGAGGAGAGCUCUUACAACGAGCGUCGGAAGGCUGUUGAAGAAUACAAUGCGCAGCACAAGUGGUCCAAACGUGGGAUGGCGAUUGUGCCAACCAAGUUCGGUAUCUCUUUUACAGCUCUCUUCUUGAACCAAGCAGGAGCUUUGGUUCACAUCUAUCACGAUGGAAGUGUUCUCGUAGCACAUGGCGGUGUUGAAAUGGGACAAGGCCUCCAUACAAAAAUGACCAUGAUCGCCGCCGAAGCGUUGCAAGUUCCUCAGGCGAGCGUCUUCAUUUCUGAGACAGCUACUAAUACAGUGGCCAAUACCUCCCCGACCGCUGCUUCAGCGAGCUCCGAUCUCAACGGAUAUGCUAUCUUCAACGCAUGUGAACAACUUAACGAACGCUUACGUCCUUUCCGUGAGAAGAUGCCCAACGCGACCAUGAAAGAACUUGCCCACGCGGCUUACUUCGCCCGUGUCAACCUCUCUGCACAAGGAUACUACCGUACCCCUGAGAUCGGCUACGUAUGGGGCGAGAAUACCGGCCAGAUGUUCUUUUACUUCACCCAGGGUGUCACCGCAGCCGAAGUCCAGAUUGACACACUGACAGGUGAUUGGACGCCUCUACGCGCCGAUGUGAAGAUGGAUGUGGGUCGCAGUAUCAAUCCCUCUGUAGACUAUGGACAGAUCGAAGGUGCUUUUAUACAAGGGCAAGGCCUCUUCACCACUGAAGAAAGUCUUUGGCACCGUGCCUCUGGUCAAAUCUUCACCAGAGGUCCGGGCAACUACAAAAUCCCUGGCUUCCGGGAUAUCCCGCAGAUUUUCAAUGUGAGUUUGCUUAAGGAUGUGGAGUGGGAGAAUUUGCGCACCAUUCAGCGUUCUCGUGGAGUUGGCGAGCCGCCCUUGUUUAUGGGUAGUGCGGUCUUCUUUGCCAUUCGUGACGCCUUGAAGGCUGCACGUAAGCAGUGGAACAUGAAUGACGUGCUGUCUUUGGAGUCCCCUGCUACCCCUGAGCGUAUUCGGACUAGCUGUGCUGAUCCGAUCAUUGAGCGGGUGAGAGUGCAGCCCAAGGAGGGGGAGAAGAGCUUCUUUGUUGCCAUAUAG